AUGCUAUUUUAUGAAUUCUUUUUGACAAAAAUUGACACAAAAAUAAAUAUAACUCUAAAAAAUAACAUGAAGAUAUCAGGAUUAUUAAUAAAUGUAGAUCCCUAUCUUAAUUUAUGUUUAAAAGAAGUUGAAACAGCAGAAAUUUCUUUACAACAAAUGAAAAUUUGUUCUGUUAGAGGAUUGGCCAUAAAAUCUAUAGAGCUCGAUAUAGAUGACAAACUUGAAAGACUUAAUCAUGGAUCAAGACUUUGUAUUUCAGAUUUACAAAAAAUAAAUAAUUGA